AUGUCCGCACCCACUGGCAUCGUAGUAUCCCAGGAGCUCUCUUCUGCAUUCUCGGAUGCUGUAGAUUCGAAUAACACAAGAUUCCUCAAGAUUUCAAUCCGAAAUGAAUCUCUCGUUCCGGAAGGCUCUUUCCCACCCUCUGGAACACUGGACGAAGAUCUGGAUAAGCUAGAGGCCAUCUUGGAGGAUGACGUUCCCGCGUAUGUUCUCGUUAGGUUGGGCGACCAGCCCACCGAGUGGUUGGUAGUAAACUAUGUCCCCGAUUCUGCGAAGGUCCGAGACAAAAUGUUGUAUGCUGCGACGAGGAUCACCUUGACCAAGUCUCUCGGGUCGGCCCACUUCACGGACAGUCUCUUCGCCACCAGCAAGGGCGACUUAUCUGCAGAUGCGUACGUGAAACAUAGACUCCACUUAGCUGCUCCCAAACCUAUGAGCGAUCGUGAGAAGGAGAUGGCUGAGGUCAAGGCCGCCGAGCGUCAAAGCGGCGGCGCUUACAACGGAAGUAGAGCAAGGCAGAAUCACGUAGGGACCGGCGUCGGCCUGAAGUGGACAGAGGACGUCGAGAAUGUUAUCAAAGAACUGGGCUCAGGAGAGGGAGCAGCCCUGGCUCUUCUUAGCAUUGACCCGCCUUCGGAGACGUUGGUUCUGUCUUCCCUGACAGAGUGCGCCGUCGACGGCCUGAGUGCUGCGCUGCCGACGUCCGGACCUUCUUUUGCAUUCUUCGCGUGGCCGCAAAGUAUCACCUCACCUCCCCGCCGAGAGAUCGUAUUCAUCUACUGCUGUCCUUCUUCCUCUCCUAUCAAGCACCGGAUGCUCUACUCCUCAGGCUCUUCUUCAGUCUUCCAAUCUGCCAAGGACAUUCUCUCAUCCACAGGCACGUCUUCCGUACUGGCGUCUCGCAAGGUUGAGACGUCAGAUCCGCACGAAUUGACCGAGAAUCACCUGGCGUCUGAGCUGGGCACUCCUACUGACAUCCCGGUGCCAAACAAAACAAAGGUAUGGGACUCCGUCGAUGACGCAGUCAAGGACGUCAAGUCCGGGGACGUGCUUCUCGCUGGGGGUUUUGGAUUGUGUGGGACACCAGAUACCCUGAUCGCGGCGUUGGCAAAACGGGGAGAGAUCAGGGACCUCACUGCGGUGUCAAAUAAUGCUGGGUCAGGAGAACUUGGUCUUGGGAAACUUCUUCACAGUGGCCAAGUUGGCAAGAUGAUGGCGUCGUAUAUCGGAGGAAAUAAGUACUUCGAGAACCUAUACCUCACAGGACACAUCUCCCUCGAGCUGAUUCCUCAAGGUACGCUCGUAGGUCGCAUGAAUGCCCACGCUGCGGGUAUCCCCGCGUUCUACACGCCCACCGGCGCGUCGACGGCCAUCGAGCACGGGUCUAUUCCCGUCCGAUAUAAAGAGGGUGGCAUGUCAGCGGGCGUCGCGAUCCCAGGCAACAAGAAGGAGGCGCGCGAGUUCAACGGCAAGCGAUACGUGCUCGAGCCUGCGAUUGCCGGGGACGUCGCUUUCAUUCGGGCGUGGAAAGUGGACGAGAUUGGCAACUGUGUCUUCAGAUAUACUGCGAAUAACUUCUCGGCAACGAUGGCACGCAAUGCGAAGCUAACCAUUGUCGAGGCAAGCUGGCCUUGUUCACUUUCGCCGAACGCGAUUCACGUGCCAGCAAUCUACAUCAACCGUAUUGUCAAGUCCACCGAGCCGAAGGCGAUCGAGAUUACGACCUUGGCUUCAGACCACUCCUCGGAAGAAGACUUGUCGUCGCUGACGCCAGAAAAGAAGGCAGCGAAAGAGCAAAGGCACCGAAUUGCGAUGCGCGCGGCGCAAGAGAUCAAGGAUGGUUUUCACGUCAACCUAGGUAUUGGCAUGCCCACGCUCGUGCCGGAGUUCCUCCCGCCUGGCGUGCGCGUCUGGCUACAGAGCGAGAAUGGUAUCCUGGGCAUGGGCCCAUAUCCGACGAAAACGCAGCUUGACGCCGACAUUAUAAACGCCGGCAAAGAAACUGUAACUCUUUUGCCCGGUGCAUCCGUAUUUGAUUCAAAUGAAUCGUUUUCAAUGAUUCGUGGCGGUCACAUUGACGUCGCCAUCCUCGGAGCAAUGCAAGUGUCGCAAGCGGGGGACAUUGCCAACUUCAUGAUCCCGGGGAAGAUGGUGAAGGGAAUCGGCGGCGCGAUGGACCUGGUAUCGAAUCCGGACAAGACGAAGGUGAUCGCGGUCAUGGAGCACACCGCGAGGGAUGGCAGCCCGAAGAUUCUGGCGGAGUGUGCGCUGCCGCUAACGGGCGCGCGGACGGUGAGCCAGAUCAUCACGGAGCUGGCGGUGUUCGAUGUGGAUAGGCAUGCGGGAGAGCUGCAUCUGACCGAGCUGGCGGAGGGCGUGUCACUGCAGGAGGUGAAGGCGAAGACAGGCUGUGAGUUCAAGGUCGCACCCCAUCUACUGUAG